AUGGCCAAGGCCGAGUCCGAUCUCAGAUCCAUUCUCGAUGGUGGCUUCGAUCCUCAGGAGUUCCCCUGGUACGAGCCAGAAUUGAUUGAGGUUCCUGAGCCAGCAAAGACUUUGCUCGAAAAGUACAGCAAAAUCCCACCUGGGCACGAGGUGGAACAUGUGAAGAAAGUGAGAGACCGAGCAUUCGCUGUGUUCCCAUAUCCUUGUAUUGGAUCAUUCCGGUUCCUGGACUUGAGUAUCCCACAGUCACCGCUCUACCCUGAAAUUCUGGAUAGACUCAAGUCCGGUCAAAAGUUGCUUGAUGUCGGGUGUGCAGUCGGACAAGAGCUGCGUCAACUGGUCUUCGACGGCGUCCCCUCUGAGAACCUCUAUGCCUCAGACCUGCGACAAGACUUCUACGACAUUGGGUAUGACCUAUUCAACGACCACGAUCAUCUCAAAGCCCAGUUCAUUGUAGCAGAUAUAUUCGACGACAACUCCAAUCUAGUGAAAAAACUGACCCACAAGAUUGAUAUUGUGAACGCCGCUUCAUUUUUCCAUCUUUUCAACUGGGAUCAGCAGGUCCUAGUUGCGAAGCGGCUCGUCGGGUUACUUCAUGAUAAGCCUGGCUCCCUUCUAAUCGGUCGGCAAAUUGGUCUAGUGAACCCUCCGCCCCCGGAAGAUAAGGAAGCCGCUGGGAAGCACUAUCGUCAUGAUCCUGCUACGUGGAGAAAAUUCUGGGAGCAGGUCGGUGCUGAAACAGGGACGAAAUGGGAGGUUGAGACUCGGAUAGAGAAGUGGGCUGGGACUGACAAGACGAUGAAAGACUACCAUGAGGGGAUGGACACUUUCAAGCUGAGGUUCAGUGUUCGGAGGCUGUAG